CUCCUCCGGCUGGCCGCCAACGGGCGGGAAAGGCGGGAGAAACAGCCGAAGGCGACGAUGGCGCUGCUCUUCUCCGCCCUCCGCGUGCUGCUGGGCCUUUUCUUCGCCAUCAGCGGGGUCGUCAAGCUCACCGACCGGGUCGCAGGCGACGCCCACCGGCAGCUGAAAACCAAGUUUGUACAAUUUUCAGACGUCUUCCCUUUGAAGGAGUUUGGCUAUAAGCCGGAACCAGGAUGGUACAUGGAAAUAGUGGGCUGGAUGGAACUGAUAGGAGGCUGCCUUUUAGCCUUCGGACCUCAACUGCUGCAGGAAAUCAGCAAUUUUGUGCUCACCGUGAUCAUGAUAGGUGCCAUCUACACCCUCCUGGUUUUGAAAGAGCCUUUUGCCAUGUGCUUACCAGCUACUGUCUCCUUGGGCCUUUUGCUCCUCCUCAACAUCCGUGGAAGAGGGAAGUGUGUGAAGUCAAAAUCCGAAUGAGGCAAGGAGGAGAUCUGAAGAGAUGGGAAGGAUCCAAAAAUGAAGUUUUUAGAAGAACAGACAACUCCCCCCGACUAAUCAGAUCAUGCGGACUUUACAGUGUGUAAUCCAGAAAGGGGGUUAGAUUUUAACGGCCAUGGCCUAUUUUGGGUCCUGUCUUAACUGCCCAUUUUGCCAGUUUUCUAUCCCUCUUUAGACCUGUUUGGAGAUCUUGUCUUCUCUGCAAAACCAGUUGCUCUCUCUUCAGUCAGUGGAUCCUUCUUGUGUCCAGGCAAGGAGAUAACAUGGAUCAGAAAAAAAUACUACAUUACAAAGGGCCCGGAAUGAGGGUUGUGUGGGAUUGUGGUUGGGCACCAAAGAAUAACGUUGAGGGUAAAAGAGACCUCAGAAUUCUGCAGAAUGAUAUAAUCAAAGGGCUCAGAUAGAUCUUGCAUCAGUUGCAUAUUGUACUGCUUCAUUUCUGGAUUUUAUUAACUUUCCUAUCAACCCAUCUUGGCCUGAUCUUAAUUAGGACUUAUGUUUGUUGGUUGAGGAACUCUAGGUUAAUCACUAUUCCUCAUCCCUUUCUCAAAAAUUAAAUUUAAUUCUAUUUACCCACUUUAAAAAAAAACCAUUUGCAUGAAUCAAAGGUACUUUUUAUCAUCCCAAUGUUGUUACUUGAUCGUGAAUUUGGUGAAAUAAAAGUAAAGAGGAUGAAUAGAUUUCUUCUAAUAAGCAUGGUGUGAUCUUGAGCCAUUGCCAUUUAUAAGAAAUAAUCUGGGAUUGAAAUGAGAUAGGUAACAAAAACCACUGGAUUCUACGCAAUACACCUUUAUGAUAAUUUGUAAAAAUCAAUAGAUUCAAUUGUUGUGUCCAUAUUUGGGAGACUGAAGGUUGAUUGGGGGCUUUUGACUUUUUUUUUUUUAAAAAAAACUUUUUAAACCAAGUGGGGGUGGUUCAGUGCUUUGGAUUCAAAGCUGAAAAGAUGCUCCAGAGCAGAGUUUCUCAACCUUGACAACUUUUAAGAUGUGUGGACUUCAAUUCCCAGAACAGGCAGCAAUGCUGGCUUGCGAAUUCUGGGAAUUGAAACCCACACUUCUUAAAUCUUGAUCUGAUCUUAUAAAAGUUAAACACAAUACAUAAACACUAAUCUGCAUACUUUGCAAAAGAGACCAUCAACUAGCCAAAAGGGAUUGAAAAGACCUCACCAGAAAUCAGCACCCAGAUGAGCAUAGAUUAACUCCAAAAUUAACAUCAGACCAA